GGCUCCCUUACAGCUUAAUUGCGUUGCAAUUGCGCUUGUGGCUGUGUUCGUACGAGAUUACAGCCCCCGAGCUAUCAAUAAACGUGCCCAGCAAGGAAUCUAUGAUUAACUGCUCAAUGCUUUCAAAAUGAUUAUUGUUCCUUUUUAGACCCGAGAAACCAAUCGGGGCCGUCCGUUCGUCGUCAGAACCCCGAGCGGGACAGCUGAUUGGAGGCGGCUCAGAUGACAGAAAGGAUCCAAGAACUUUAAAGCGAGCGACUGGGCUCCAAGUUAGGAAAAGUUCGACAGCGAGUUUGGCAUCUUGAGAUUGAGUUGAUUGACUGGCGCUCCCAUGUCAGCGGGGCCGGACUGAGGGCAGCGCCGCGCUCCUUUCCAGAGGUGUAUGGCCCCUUCCUUCCGGAGGAUGAAUUCUCUGCCAGGACCCCUCACCCAGGACACUGACGAGCGGGAGAAGGGUUGGGAAACGCCGGGAAAGGGGCGAGACUGUGGCGACGGGGCCUCCAUCGACUCGAAGGGAUGUAAGAUCUCCAGCCUGCCGUUCAGCGUCGAGUCUCUCAUCUCAGAUCGGAAGACCCCCAGGACUCCGGCCGGCCCCCCCGAGCCCCCCGCCCCGUCUGUGGCCUCCAAAGAGCAGUCGUGCUCCCGGACUGAGUGCUCAGGUAAAAGCCACUCGGCGGAGAACCCCUCCUCGCACGAAUCGGAAAGUGCCAACGAGAAGGAGGUGUCGGCGUGGGUUCCGAACGCCGCCUAUUCCGCGCCGGCAAGACACUCGAGCCCGGCUCCGUGCGCCCUGCGAAAACACAAGAACAACAGGAAGCCGCGGACCCCGUUCACCACGGCGCAACUGUUAGCGCUGGAGCGCAAGUUCCGCCAGAAACAGUACCUGUCGAUCGCGGAGAGAGCCGAGUUCUCCAGCUCCCUCAACCUGACCGAGACGCAGGUCAAGAUCUGGUUCCAGAACCGUAGGGCGAAAGCGAAGAGACUUCAGGAAGCCGAGCUGGAGAAACUCAAACUGUCCGCCAAACCGCUUCUGCCUUCCUUCGGACUGCCCUUUCCCCUGGGCUCCCAGCUCAGCGCCCCUUCACUCUACGGACCGUCCAACGCCUUCCAGCGGCCGGGGCUGCCCAUUCCCGGGAUCUUCACCGCCCCCGUCACCUACGGAAUGUAUUAUUUAUCGUGAAGUCCGCUGCUGGACACGGACGCGCCGCCCUCCGCCCUCGGCCGGGCUCCGGGGAAUUUCCCCGCUCACCGGACCAUCGAUCCCGUGGAGGUGGCGCCCGGAUCGGCCAAACUGCCCGGAACAUUCCGCCGGUAGUUGUUCACUGCUCGCCGGUACAAUUACAGCCACCGUUCAAUUCGUCACACAACACGGGCGGUAUAACUUGUGUUGGAAACAAGAGUUGUUCUAAAGCCUGCGCCGUUAAGUUCGAUUAAAGAAACUCUGUACAUUCCAAAGGUAGAGAACGGUGAAGCCUCAGAACGAAGCUGUCGGCUCCGCAGUCUGACCCGCUACCGGGCCCUCAGUCUCCCGAGUUAUCCCCAAGCAGCAGGUGGCCCUGAAUUCUGGGGGAACGGACUUGCUUCACCCGCACACCCGGACAGGGCACCGCCGGGAGGGGGAGAGGGACUGAACCGGCAACUUGUUGGUCAUUCGUGUCCGAACAAGUCGAACAGAGAGUUAACCCCAGGCCUCCGGCCCCAACCACUUGCAAAUCCGACCAGACCCUCGACAGUUGUUUACCAAUAUUUAAAUAUAUAUUUUAAGUGCAUUUAAAUACGUUAAGAAUUGUUUACAUUUUCUUAAAUAGUGUACAGAUUUCCGUGUACAGAUGAGUCACAAUGAUUCUACUGUUUUGUACAUUGAUCUUCAAUAAACUCUUGUUCUCUUUUCUUA